ACCCGAGCCCGGCAGCUUCGGCUGGCCCUCAGGACGUUCCCCAGUAAUAUGCGUCGCGACCCGCAUUCCCCCUUGUCUCUCCGUCGGCUGCAUCCAGCCUCGGGGCGCUUGGUCGCCCCGCCCCCGUUAGGGGAGGAGCCACGACGAGGCUAUCAUCUAAUAGGGCCGGUUUGACCUGAUCCGGCGACCGGUCCAGCGAGGGGACGGGGCUGCCGAAGGCCCCGCCCACAAACAAGGUCGAGGGGCGUGACCACGCGGCCGGCGGAAGUGGAGCCCUUCGCGAGGGCGCGGGACCUCCCAGGGCACGCGAGAAAGCCGGACUAUAGGGGCGGGGUCGGGCCGGGGAUGGGCACGCGGGCGAGCAGCAGAGAGCAGCACGCGGACUCUCGAAGCAUCGGGGACACGGUACAACGGCGGCGGGUAAAGGAAGCAGUUCGUAGCCCGGCGGCCAGCGCAGAGAGCAUCAUGGCAGGGCAGGUGGCUCUGAGCCGGACCCAGGUGUGCGGGAUCCUGCGGGAAGAGCUGUACCAGGGCGAUGCCUUCCAUCAGGCUGAUACGCAUAUCUUUAUCAUCAUGGGUGCAUCGGGUGACCUGGCCAAGAAGAAGAUCUACCCCACCAUCUGGUGGCUGUUCCGGGAUGGCCUUUUGCCCGAAGACACCUACAUCGUGGGCUAUGCCCGCUCCCGCCUCACAGUGGCUGACAUCCGCAAGCAGAGCGAGCCCUUCUUCAAAGCUGCCCCGGAGGAGAAGCCCAAACUGGAGGAGUUCUUUGCCCGCAACUCCUACGUGGCUGGCCAGUACAACGAUGCAGCCUCCUAUGAGCGCCUCAACAGCCACAUGAACGCUCUCCACCAGGGGCCACAGGCCAACCGCCUCUUCUACCUGGCCCUGCCCCCCACUGUCUAUGAGGCUGUCACCAAGAACAUCCACGAAACCUGCAUGAGCCAGACAGGCUGGAAUCGCAUCAUCGUGGAGAAGCCCUUCGGGAGGGACCUAGAGAGCUCCAACCGGCUGUCCAACCACAUCGCCUCCCUGUUCCGCGAGGACCAGAUCUACCGCAUCGACCACUACCUGGGCAAGGAGAUGGUCCAGAACCUUAUGGUGCUGAGGUUUGCCAACAGGAUCUUCGGCCCCAUCUGGAACCGGGACAACAUCGCCUGCGUCAUUCUCACCUUCAAAGAGCCCUUUGGCACUGAGGGUCGUGGGGGCUACUUCGAUGAAUUUGGGAUCAUCCGGGAUGUGAUGCAGAACCACCUCCUGCAGAUGCUGUGUCUGGUGGCCAUGGAGAAGCCCGCCUCCACCCACUCGGAUGACGUCCGCGAUGAGAAGGCUGGCCUUGUCCCCCCAGGGGUGCCCUUCAUCCUGCGCUGUGGCAAAGCCCUGAACGAGCGCAAGGCCGAGGUGCGCCUGCAGUUCUGCGACGUGGCCGGGGACAUCUUCCGACAGCAGUGCAAGCGCAAUGAGCUGGUGAUCCGCGUGCAGCCCAAUGAGGCCGUGUACACCAAGAUGAUGACCAAGAAGCCUGGCAUGUUCUUCAACCCCGAGGAGUCGGAGCUGGACCUGACCUACGGCAACAGAUACAAGAACGUGAAGCUCCCCGACGCCUACGAGCGCCUCAUCCUGGACGUCUUCUGUGGGAGCCAGAUGCACUUCGUGCGCAGUGACGAGCUGCGGGAGGCCUGGCGGAUCUUCACUCCUCUGCUGCACCAGAUCGAACUCGAGAAGGCCCAGCCCAUCCCCUACGUCUACGGCAGCCGUGGCCCUGUGGAAGCGGACGAGCUGAUGAAGAGAGUGGGCUUCCAGUACGAGGGCACCUACAAGUGGGUGAACCCGCACAAGCUCUGACCCUGUGCCGGGCCCACCCCCGCCCCGCCUCUCCGUGCUCCCCCGCCGCCACCACCCCCUCCCCGCCCCCGCCUGACCCACCUCGGGAGGACCCGCCUCUGGAGGACUCGGGACCACAGCCCUUAGCCUCACAUUCCCGCCCGGGCUCGGGCCACGCCACCCGCCCCUGGGCCCAGUCUCAUUCCUCUGCCACCCAGCACUGUGACCAUCCCCACCCGAGCCAGCCUCUGUCCCCCAGACUGAGCCCUCCUGGAGGAAGGAGAAGGAGGGCUGCAGUUGUGGGCAGCAGGGGGGCAAGGUCCUCGGAGCGCAGGGGAAGGGGGCAGGCGCGGCCCAGUCUCAGCGCCACUUGACAUUCCUGGUUCCCCACUGGAAGGGACCUCUGUGCUGGAAGGGCCCAGCAGCGCACCUGUGUCGGGCCUCCCGAGUGGCCUUCUGCCCCCCACAGCUCCCGCGGCCACCCUAACUCAGCACUCCACGGCCGCCCCAUCUCACCCCGCCCUCAGGUGGUGCCCUCGCCACCAGAAAAGCAGAAGCGGCAGGUGGGAUGCCCCGGCUCAGUCCCCUGCCAUUAAAUCCGCAGACAGGC